GUUGUCAUUGUUUCAACUGCUGAGUGACCCUUUCAAAGAGCAUUUUUGUUUUCAUACACUUUUACGCUAUAGACAAGUGUGACUUUGUGGCUGUGGUAACAAGUGCAAACCCAAGAUUCUUCACCCACAUCCUGGUUAGUCCUGCUGCGCAAGUUAUUUAUUUUUUAACAAGAUUGCGCAAGUAUGAAUAUGACCUACUUUACAUUCUUAAGAUCGGUAAUGUGAUCACUACGGAUUUUUGUUUUGUUUUUAAGAACGACAAAUGUUUACUGCUGCACAGGGAACAAUGCAUACUACUGGUAGAACUGCACUGUGAGCGGCCCUCAGGAACCAGAGGAUCAGGUCUGACCACCCAGGCCCAGGGAGGGUGCAGGGUCCUGGGUGUAGGGUGCCCAGGCCACUGGGCCUAUGGAGCAGAUCCACUGGGUGAGACACCGCUGGCAGCAGCUGGUGGCCGCAGAGUCAGGUCGAGGCAGGUACUCGGCCCCUGACGCCGUGCCCACCAAGAGUUCCCCGAAGCUCCACAACGCACAGCGGCUCACUGGCAAACGGAGGACGGUCAUCGCCCGGCACGGACCCCACCAGCAUGAGUACGACAGCAUCUCCAAGGGAUGCCAGGGCAACGGCAUCCGCACCACCAAGUACAGCCUUCUGAGCUUCAUUCCCAUGAACCUGUUCCAGCAGUUCCACAGGGUGGCCAACCUAUAUUUCCUGUUCCUGGUGAUGCUGAACUGGGUCCCGGUGGUGGAGGCCUUUCAGAAGGAGAUCACCAUGAUUCCCCUGGUAGUGGUGCUCAUCGUCAUCGCCAUCAAGGAUGCCCUGGAGGACUACCGCCGCUACCGUUUUGACCAGAAGGUCAACAACAACGUAGCCACAGUAUACAGCGGGAAACAGCAAACGUAUGUGGACCAGCGUUGGCAGGACGUCCGCGUGGGGGACUUUGUCCGUCUGUCCUGUAACGAGAUCAUCCCUGCAGACAUGCUGCUGUUGUACUCCUCUGACCUCCACGGCGUCUGCUACAUCGAGACGGCCAACCUGGACGGGGAGACCAACCUCAAACAGAGACAGGUGGUCAGAGAUCUGCCACAAGGUUCCGAGUUGACUCCAGAGAACUUCCACAGCCGCAUUGAAUGCGAGAACCCCAACAACGACCUCAGCCGGUUCCGAGGUUACAUGGAGCACCCCAGUAAUGCUCGUGUGGGCUUACACAACGACAACCUCCUCCUGCGAAGCUGCACCAUCCGCAACACAGAGACCAUCAUAGGCAUCGUGGUCUAUGCAGGUCACGAGACCAAAGCCAUGAAGAACAACAGUGGACCGCGGUAUAAACGCAGUAAACUGGAGCGCAGGAUGAACAUGGACAUACUGUGGAGCGUUGUCCUGCUGGUCAUCAUGUGUCUGACCGCAGCUAUAGGCCAUGGUCUCUGGCUCAGGAACCUGGAAGAAGCUUCCUUUCUGAUCCCUGACACCACAUCUCCUGCCCUGGCUGGCUUCUACCUGUUCUGGACCAUGAUCAUAGUACUACAGGUGCUCAUCCCUGUCUCCCUGUACGUGUCCAUCGAGAUUGUCAAACUGGGUCAAAUCUUCUUCAUCCAGAACGACAUGGACUUCUACAAUGAGUACCUGGACUCCAGGAUCCAGUGUCGAGCCCUGAACAUCACAGAGGACCUGGGUCAGAUCCAGUAUGUGUUCUCAGACAAGACUGGCACACUGACGGAGAACAAGAUGGUGUUCCGGCGUUGCACCAUUGCUGGGGUGGAGUACCCCCACGAGGAAAAUGCGCGGAGGCUUGAAGUGUACAAGCAGGAGGAGGACGAGGCGAUGGGCCGCUCCCACACGCUCAAGUCACGUGCCAGCGCCAAGUCCCUGAGCUGCAAGUCGCUCAGCUGCAACCGCAGCUCCGUGUCCCUGCACACACUGACAGGCCACUCCGAAGGGGAGGGGGAGGAGACCCCCAGCCCCACCCUGCCCCGACAUAGCGCCUUCAGCAGCCCUAUGGAGAAGGAUGUAGUCCCGGACCCUCUCCUGGUGCAGAAGCUGAACUGUCUGUCCUCUCCGCUCUUCCUUUUGACGGACGCCAGUAUGGAGCUCACCUACAUCGUGGACUUCUUCAUGGCUCUGGCCAUCUGCAACACGGUGGUGGUGUCCUCACCCAACCAACCCCGCCAUGUGGUCCAGGUGCCUGAGGUCUCCCGUACCCCCCUUAAAUCCCUGGAGGACAUCAAGAUGCUGUUCCAGCGUUUCAGCCUCCCCCGCUUCUCCACAUUCUCUCCUCCACACACUACAGAGAGUACUCGCAGCUUCACCAGCAGGCUCUUCGCCAGGGGCAAGCCAGCCUCCUUCACCCCCAGCCCUUCCCCUAUCCCCACCAAGAGGGGUACAGAUCCAGAUGGGGAGCCUAACUUUGAGGCCUCCAUCCUGAUGAUCAAACCAGGGCUGGCUGGACCCCCUGGAGAGGAUGGGGACCAAGGGGAUGAGGAGAGAGAACAUGGCUCUUGGAAAGGCGAAGAGGACAAGAUUGUACAACUCAACCCAGGGGCCUGGAGCGGGCUGGAGAACUCUAACGGAGCCCAAGACCCUCCCGGUGAAUUUGGGGCAGACGAACUGAUCUAUGAGGCGGAGAGCCCAGACGAGGCGGCUCUGGUCCACGCGGCAAGGGCCUACCACUGCAUCCUGCGGGGACACUCGCUGGAGCGCCUUCUGGUGGAGCUGCCGGGGAUGGGCAGCCUGGCCGUGCGCCUGCUCCACAUCCUGCCAUUCGACUCCACCCGCAAGAGGAUGUCUGUGGUGGUCCGCCACCCACUCACCAAGCAGGUGGUGGUCUACACCAAGGGAGCCGACUCAGUCAUCAUGGACCUGGCAGAGUCACCUAAAGGUGCUGAGCAGUCAGAGAGCAGGCAGGGUCACAUCAGAGAACAAACCCAGAAACACCUAGACAACUACGCCAGGGAAGGCCUUCGCACCCUCUGCAUCGCUAAAAGGGUUUUGGAGGAGGAGGAGUAUGAGGUUUGGUUGAAGCGUCAUGCGUUUGCGGAGACCAGUAUAGAGAACAGAGAGGAGCUUCUACUGGAGUCUGCACAAAGACUGGAGACCAACCUGACUCUACUGGGGGCAACAGGGAUAGUGGAUAGACUCCAGGAAGAGGUCCCAGAGACCAUCGAGGCACUACAGAGAGCAGGGGUCAAAGUAUGGGUCCUCACUGGGGACAAACAAGAGACUGCCAUAAACAUUGCCUGUGCCUGCAAACUACUCAGGUCCACAGAUCAACUGCUGACAGCUAAUUGUGGUAGCAAGGAGGCGUGCAAGGCCUUGUUGUUGGAGCUGCGGGCGGAGAUGGAGUGCGGAGAGGCAGCUGAGGGCACGUCGGGCUUCACCCUGGUUGUAGACGGGCGCACGCUGGAGUUUGCCCUGCAGGAGGACCUGAAAGGGGACUUCCUGGAGCUGAGCCGGUGCUGCAGGGCCGUGAUCUGCUGUCGCUCCACCCCCCUGCAGAAGAGCCAGGUGGUACGGCUGGUACAGGACCAGCUCCGAGUCAUGACCCUCGCCAUAGGUGAUGGAGCCAAUGAUGUCAGUAUGAUCCAGGUAGCAGAUGUUGGCAUUGGGAUAUCUGGCCAGGAGGGCAUGCAGGCUGUGAUGUCCAGUGACUUUGCCAUCUCCAGGUUUAAACACCUCCGCAAGCUGCUGUUGGUCCAUGGACACUGGUGCUACACACGCCUGGCAAACAUGAUUCUCUACUUCUUCUACAAGAAUGUGAUGUAUGUAAACCUGCUGUUCUGGUACCAGUUCUUCUGUGGAUUCUCGGGGAGUGUUAUGACCAACUCCUGGGUGCUCAUCUUCUUCAACCUCCUCUUCACCUCCGUCCCUCCCCUUCUCUACGGGAUCCUGGACAAAGACGUGUCUGCAGACACCCUCAUUAAGUUACCGGAGCUCUACAAAUCUGGACAGAAUUCCAAGGCCUACCUCACUUCUACCUUCUGGCUGACAAUGCUGGACGCUAUUUACCAAAGCCUUGUCUGUUUCUUUGUUCCUUACUUUGCAUACGCAGGGUCGGAUGCAGACAUGCUCUCCUUUGGUUCUCCUAUUAAUGCCUCGUCCCUCCUCAUUAUCCUACUGCACCAGGUCAUCGAGAGCCGCACACUGACAUGGCUACAUGCAUUAUUGCUGAUGGGUAGUGCUCUCUUCUACUUCUCUUUCACCCUGGUCUUCAGUGUGGUGUGUGUGACGUGUAGCCCCCCCAACAAUCCCCUUGGUGUGGACAAGCUACAGAUGUCCCAACCACUCUUCUACGGAGUGUGUGCCCUCACCACAAUGCUGGCACUGCUACCAAGAUUCCUGUUCCAGGCCCUGCACAACAGCAUCUGCCCCUCUGACACAGUGAAGGCUGCUCUGAUGGACCAGCUCAAUCCAGAUGACUACUGUAGAAGGAUGCAGCGCUGGAACCAGACCCAGGCCCAGAGUAAAACCAGGGGUCUCGUCAUCAACGUGGAAGACUCAGACAUCAAGGUCCCUGACCCUGACUUCAGACUCCCUUCAGAGCUGAAGGAAGGCAGUGCUGCCACUGGCUCUUUGCUCUCCUGACCUCACAGAGGCUACAGGGGGUGGCUACCACAGGAGGCUGCUGAGGGGAGGACGGCUCAUAAUAAUGGCUGGAAUGGAGUGAAUGGAAUGGGAUCAACCACAUGGAAAACAUGUUUGAUAUGUUCGAUACCAUGCAUUAAUUAAGUUCCAAACAUUACUAUGAGCAUGUCUUACCCAAUUAAGGUACCACGGGCAACCUAUGGUGGCUACAGGGGGAGGCUGCAGGGUUCAACCCUACACCCUUCAAAACUAGCUGUCUUGCAUGGGUUGCUCACUGAUGAUGAUGGUUAAGAACACCAUGCUGUCUAUCCAUGGGAAAGAGAUGGAUAUGUUUCUUGCAUGUGCCUAGAGUUGCAUUAACAUGGAGUCAUGGAUGUAUAGCCUCUCCUGGUACUUGAGAAAAGAUUGGUGAUGUGGACUUUUUGUAUUUAUUUUUUUCUUAUGUAACCUUUAUUUAACUAGGCAAGUCAGUUAAGAACAAAUUCUUAUUUACAAUGACGGCCUACAGGUGAAUAUACUGAAUCCACACAAGUGCGUCGAGGGUAAAGACACAUUAGACAUUCAUAAAUGUGUCUCUGCGCUACGCUAGUACUUUGACACAAUCAGGUGUGAGGCAUAGUGCACCACACCCAAACAUUCCACUAGGCAUGGUCCAUUCUGGCCCUCUUCAAAGUACACUGAGCAUGUAGGGAACAGAAUGCUAGUAGUUAUCAUAGGGUUAGUCCCCAGUAACUAAUUACUCUCAGAAGAUUGCUUAUAGAUUAGAUAGAUUUAGCGACUGUUUAACUCAUCCUGUCACCAAGUUAUGAAUGGGAGCUGUGAAACAAUCGCUAUGUGACGUGAUAUCAGAAGGUUGACAAGCUUUUUUCAUGAAAACAUGUGUACUGUACUACACUAGUUACAUUCCUCUACUGAAUCAUGUUACGCAAUUCCAGGUAACGUGAAAGAAUAUUUGAAUGUUAUUUUUUCUGUCAUUUACACUGCUUGGUUGAGAAUGGUGAAACGAUAUGCUGGAGUAUGUGCAAUGUUUGGAAUGUGUUUACAAUCCUUGAGCUGCGUACACUUCUUUGUUAAGUUAGCAUCAAGCUAUGACUCGUUUUGUGUUUACGCACAUCUCUUUGUUGUUGGUGUAUCUUAAACAGACACACCAAAAUGAAAUUGUGAGCAACGCAUAUUAUUGCAUAUGAACCGUGGAGACGGGGAGGUCACAUAAAGUACCAAAGGCAUAAUACCCAUAAAAUGGUUCCAAUCGUUUUUCCGCCCUUCAUUUUUCUCAUAGGAGACUUUAGAAACACUUAAAAUAAGAGCUGUGUUUCGUGUAGCCCUACCCUGGUGUGACGUUUUGAUAACCGUGUAAAUCUCUCUAGGACAACAAGUGACUUAUCAAUAUAUUCGCAUGUAUUUACUCCCCAAAAAUGAAAUGCUAAUUAGUUGCUAAUGUGGCUAUCAUAUAGAACUACAAAUGCCAUGAUGAUCUGGAUUAACUAUCUGCUAAAUUUAGUAUUGAAUAAAUUGGUUACAUUUCUUUGAAUUUACAAUUCUGUGAACUGUCGUGUGCCAGUUUUAAAUUGACACAAUACCUGUUAGCAAAGGUGUCAGCGAGAGAUGACGUGCAGGAGCUUGCAGGGAUUUGUAGUUUUGCAUAAUGUAUACUUUGAUGCUAAUUAGCAUUUUUGAAUCUGAGAGUAAAUAGAGAUGAAUAUAUUGAUAAAAGUCACCUUGUUGGAGAGAUUUACAUGGUUAUCAAAACGUCACCCCUAGGUAAGCUUAAACAAAACACAAUCCUUAUUUUAAGCUUUUCUAAAAUUCCCUAUGGGAAAAAUUAAUGGUGGAAAAACUUUUCACCGCUAGGUUUUAUGGGUAUUAUGACACCCCAAUGCAGGGCUCUAUAGUUGGGCAAAAUCCGAAUGCUGUACAGUGGCCUUACCCUCCUAACCACUGAUCUCUGUGGCUUGGGUAGGUGAUAACAGUAUGUAAAUGUAUGAAUCACACUUGAAUCUAUUUUGACAGGAGUUUACAUGGAUUUGGCAUGGACCUGACAUUUCCCACCACUAUUACCUACCAACCGCACUUAGCUGUAGUCACGUUCGGUAAAGGAGCCUUGAAGUCCAUUUAAACAUGGGAUGUAUUGAUUUAUUUCACCUUUAUUUUCUCAUUGAGGUACAAUCUCUUUUUCAAGAGAGACCUGGCCAAAGGGCAGCACACGUUUAGUUAGAAGACAAGGACCAAAAUGCAAUGUAAAUUUACACACUGGAAGUUGAAAAUGUAAUGUGGCAAGAUGAUAGAGAUCCUGGGGCUUCUAAAGCAAGACAACCAAAAGUGCAACUUAAUAGGUGUAAGUACAGGAAGAGGGUUCAGAUAUGGCCCUUCUGUAUGUGAAGUAGGCUUUACAAAUGUUCUCUUGAGUUUGCCUGGACAAUGCCAUUGCCAUUUAUAUCUGCUUCUGAGAAGUGACCUCUAUGCAACAGCCUCUACCACAUGCAAAUCUUCUUUAGAUUGAUUAAUCCUCAGUAUUGUAUGUGGUUAAAUUAGACUCAUAUUUUUUAAAUAGUUUUUUACAGUAAAAUCCUGCUUGUCAAAUCCACGCAACAUGGAAAAGGCAGCUGAUUUGACCUAUAGUGAAAUUGUAAAAGCAAUGAUUAUAAAUUAGUUGUGAACUUGUUUUUAAUAAAAUCAUUGUUUUAUAUCAACUUA